AAAAAAAAAAAAAAACUCGUCUUUCUCAAGGCUUCGGACGGUGUGGAAGAACAACGAUUUAUGAAAAAUAAUUGGCAACUGUCAAGACUCCAAGAACUCAUGAAGAAGGGGAAAGAAAAGAGCCAUUUUAUAUUCCUCUUCAUACUCAAUCUAGUCCCGCAGCAGCGCAGACACAGCCAUAUCCAGAUCAACAAGUGAUGAACACUUUGUGAUAGUUUUUUGUUUUUUAAAACCAGCCAAUCUGCUAUGUUAGACUACCUGUCGGUCGCUUCGACAGGGAUUAUAGUAAGCUUGCUAAGUUGCUACGGCUUACAUCUGCAGUCGUAACGCGGAACCGCUGCCUAUCAUUGUUGUUCUGAUUCUCCACACAUGCACCUCCGCCGUUGCUUGCUGAUCAAGCUUUACCGAAGAAAGUCACCGACCCGAAACCGACGGUAUAUAGCAAUCUUUCAGGCUUCAGCUUGGACAUAGCUUUGGCUUGAGCCGCUUGAUAGAGAGCAGCUACGUACAAUAAGGGGAAUGGGUAAAAUUAGACGGGGCAGAUCAGCCUUUUCUUACAUGAUCUAGCUGUAGAUCGGUUAUAUUCCGGAGUUCGUAGUAGGGUAAUAAUAACAUCUGCAUUAUUAACUGACCGAAUUCAUCCAAACCGAAGGACUUCUGUCUUUGAACAGUGUCAAGUAUAUAUAGUAAAAAUGAAGACAGUUUUUCCUUUUCCGGAAACAAGUACGAUGGCACGUGCCUUCUCACCUGACGGUGUCACAUGCCGGGAUCGAGUCCAUCUUAUCAGUUCUUGGCGACCUCGAGAUGCUGCCCUCAGUCAGACUUCAUGCCGUCAUGAGUCGGCGGCCCCUCUGGACCAAGAACUGUCGCGUUUUCGGACGUCCUCUUUUUUUUCACGCGAUAUGGGAGAUUGCAGCAGCUUUCCCUCAUUUUUCUGUCACACGUCUCGGUUUUGGCAUCACUACGGAGUAUUCCCCAACAGUCUCGCCACUUAUAUACCUAGUUUCGACAAUCCCCUCACUUGCAGGGUGUCCAGCUUACUUUUCUCUUUGUCUUGACCGACGGCAUUUAGUGCCUGCUGACAUAUACCCGAUUUUGGACUUUACCCUGAAGUAUUCUGUGCAGGAACUAUUUCGGCUGUUUCUCGAAUACCCGCGCUUGCGAUACGCCAACCAUGGCAUCCAACGCCGCAUUGCUCUUGGACCCUCGAGCUUACAAGAAACGACUUGAGGAGAGAGGCCAGCAAAACAUAAAUAGAUUAUCACACGAUAGCGCAUCUUCUGCUACCCCGGCUGCCGCUCACCUCCUACUCAAUCCUCGAAGUUACCCGCCGUCUUCGCAAACCAGUAACAAGUCGUGGUCACAGUCGGGGUCGAGAAGCCCAAUGGCUAACACUGCACCACCACAGCCUAAUGCGAAGCCCUUUUCUGAUUUAGACGUCGAGUUCUUCAGUACAUGUAUCGAUGGUGACAACGGUGGGAAGCGGGGCUUUGAGCAGCUUGACAAUGAUGCGGCCAAAGCAAAUCAUGGCCGUCUUAUAGAAGAUAUAUAUGGUGUGGAGGGGCGCGAAAGGCAUCCAUACAAGAGGAUAAAAAUGGAUGGUACUUUGGCCGAGAACCCCAAGUCCACGAAGAAGACAGCCUAUUCUUCUAGUGGAGAUAGCGGGCUAGGGAAGUGGAUGAAGGAGGGCCAUGGGAAGUUGAAUACUUUGUCUUCCACCAAACUGGAUAUCGUAGAUCUCACCAGCAGUAAAGAUGAUACCCAUGGCAGCUCAAAUGAUGAUGACGACCUGCAAGUAACGGGAUUCAAUGACCUCAGUAAUCAAAAGGUCUGCUACGGGAAGCUUGAGAACGCAAUGGUACAGGCAUUUAUGGUUCCAAAACCUGGCGCCAAUAUUUUCGGGGAUUCAAUGCAUGACUGGCCAUCUUUGAAGCUAGGUGUGCGUCGACAGCCUGGUCCAGGGAGUAAAAUCGACCUUUCAGAUCCCCAUGGUAAGGUUUUUGGCGCAGUCGACGCUAAGACCGCCUCAGUGCUUGCCCCACUACUUGAUUCGCCUGCUUUGCGGGUUGAGAUUACUGCUCGCUUAGAUGUUCGGAAAAGGCUGCCAGGUGAACAGCCGUGGGCUAAUUGCUCUGCUUUUUAUCGGGCCUCUAUCAAUCUUUAUGGCCUAAGAAAAGAUGCCGAACUAGUGGGUAAACACCUAGGCCAUCACAAUGUUUGGUUGGGAACUCCUCAUGCUGUUGAACAAGGAACCUCUGUUUUCAACCCCCAUGCAGAGUUGAGGCGAGCCCAGAAGUCGUUUUCGCCGGCAAGCAACUCCCACAGUCGGCAGAGUGUCAGUUACGAAGUCCGGACCGCAGAGGAAGUCAAUGAUGCCGUGAUGAAGAUGUUCGAUCAACUUCAGAGUGCUGACAACAUACCUGAAAUGGAGCCCUCGCCACUUCUGUCAACACCUCUACUUCGCCAUCAAAAGCAGGCCUUGUGGUUUAUGACUGAAAAAGAGAAACCACGCAAAUUUGGUCCUAGUGAACGGGAAAACAACUCGCUUUGGAGAGUUGAAUCUUUGCGGAAUGGGAAGAAACGGUUUCGUGAAAUUAUCAGUGGCACCAUCCUCGAUUAUGAGCCACCCCAGACCUUAGGUGGUCUUCUGGCAGACAUGAUGGGCCUUGGAAAGACGCUCAGCAUCCUUUCUCUCGUUGUGGCUUUCCUCAGAGAAUCUUAUGAAUGGGCCAACAUGAUACCUCAUCCGGAGCUCGUUCGGAACUCUCCAGGUAUCCGCAACACCAAGACGACGCUUCUAGUAGUCCCUCUUAGUGCCGUCAAUAAUUGGGUGAUGCAGAUCAAGGAGCACCUCAAGGAGAAUGCUAUUUCCUAUUAUGUCUUCCAUGGUCCUUCUCGAACGGCUGAUGUUGAUGAACUUUCUAAAUACGAUCUGGUGAUUACUACUUACAGUAUCGUUCUCAGCGAGCUCUCCGGAAGAGGCUCGAAGCGAGGCGUGAGUCCGCUGACAAAGAUGAAUAUGUUCCGGAUUGUUUUAGACGAGGCACACACGAUAAGGGAGCAGAGUGCUGCACAGACACAGGCGAUAUUAAAACUGAAUGCCAACCGCCGCUGGGCAGUAACAGGUACUCCCAUUCAGAAUCGCCUGGAAGAUUUAUAUUCUAUCACCAAGUUCCUGGGGCUUUUCCCCUACGAUGACAGAACUCGAUUUGGUAUGCAUAUUCUGAGUCGGUUCAAAUCCGGAGACCCCGGUGUAUUGGCAAGCUUGCGCGUGCUUGUGGACUCUUUUACCUUACGUCGAGUCAAGGAUAAGAUUAAUCUCCCUCCCCGGCAUGAUAAAAUCAUUUCCCUUACAUUCUCCGAAAAGGAGAAGCAAUUGCAUGAGUUUUUCCGGAACGAAUCCAAUGCCAUGAUGAGUGUGAUCGCGGGAGACAGCAGGAAAAAGAUAGGCGGCCGGAUGUAUCACCAUGUGUUAAAGGCUAUGAUGAUACUACGACAAGUCUGUGCCCAUGGGAAGGAGCUUCUCGACAAGGAAGAUAGGGAUAGGGCAAAAGGCAUGAGUGUACAGGACGCUAUUGAUCUGGACGACGGGGAGGAAACCCAGAAGCCAUCAGAUGUUGUUGAUAAGAAGGCGUAUGAGAUGUUCACUCUAAUGCAGGAUUCUUCAGCAGAUUCGUGUGCCUUGUGCGCUAAACGCCUGGAAGAGCAGUACACCGACGCUGAUGUUGUUGAUAAGAAAGCAAUCUUAGCCAUAGUGCUUCCUUGCUUUGAUGUUCUCUGUCCCGAUUGCUUCUCUGGUUGGAAGCAAGCCUUUGACACAACCCAAAAUGGUGCAUCAUCUCAUGAAAUCAAAUGCCAGGCUUGUGAUGGUUGGAUACCUGUUGCAUACACCACUAUAACCUCUGCUGGUCUUCAAGAGUACCAGAUAAACCAAGCGCGAGCGAAACAAAGUCGCAGACAAGCCAAGACCCUUGGAGAGUACGAAGGACCACACACGAAGACGAACGCGCUUACAUCUCAUCUUCUGGCGUCUGCAGCUGAGAGCAAGAAGCUCAAGGAUGAACGUCCGAUAAAAAGCGUCGUCUUUUCCUCUUGGACUUCACACCUCGAUUUGAUUGAGAUCGCACUCAAAGAUAACGGCCUCACGGGCUAUACUCGAUUGGAUGGGACCAUGACCCUUUCCGCACGGAAAAAAGCCCUAGACACGUUUCGCGACGAUGACGGAAUCACUAUCCUUCUGGCAACCAUUGGCGCCGGUGGUGUUGGACUUAAUCUUACGUCUGCGUCGAAUGUCUACAUCAUGGAGCCACAGUACAACCCCGCUGCCGUUGCGCAGGCCGUUGAUCGUGUCCAUCGACUGGGGCAGACGCGCGAGGUCACCACUGUCCAGUUCAUUAUGAAGGGCAGUAUCGAGGAGAAAAUCCUUGAACUAGCCCGUAAGAAGCAGCAAUUGGCGGAUAUGAGCAUGAACAGGGGCAAGCUCGGUAAGAAGGAAAUUCAGGAACAGCGGAUGAGGGAAUACCGGAGUUUAUUCAAGUGAUCAUUUUUGUCUUAUUUGUCUUUACCCUUCUUUUCUUUCUCGUACAUACGAUUUUGUCAAUUACCCUCUCCGACUCUUUUUCUCUUCACAGCCUUGCCUGGAGUUUCGGUUGUGAUGCCUCUGGUAUAUCUGGCCGUCUGGUUGCAUAGAUCGUUAUUUCUUUCCCGCUUCAUAUCCGUUUGAUACCCGUGGCAAUUUGGAUUUGAUUUUUUUUUUUUCAACCCCUUCUGCUAUUGCGGUUUAACAUCUCGCAUUUGCACUGUGGAUUUCACCAAUGCCAUGCGUGGUGUAGAACGGGUUCUUUUUCUCUCUACAUGACAUCUGUUCGCAAGCAGUACUAGGUAGAUACUUGGUAGCAUGCAUCUUCUCGUUGUUUCUCUCCUGUCCCAUUAUUGAUGUCAAUAGAGAUAAUAGCACUCUCAUGAAAUAGACAUAAGAAAAGGAAACAAAGCUCUAUCGGGUAUCUCACUUUAUUUAUUUUUCAUUUCCUGUGAACCUCCCACGAUCACCAUAAAUCCCAACCUGAACAGCCUCCAACAUCCUCUCUAACCUCCUCCUCAGAACCCUCAAUUCCCUCGCCUUUUCCUCCUUCUCCCCCUCGACCCUCCUCAACUCUUUCCCCAACUCACGAAUCCGGUUCUCUUGCUCCGCCUCUGAUGACCCAAUCCCCGGAAGCACAGAAAUCAGAUACUCAAUCUGCUGUUCCUUGAUGAUCAGGUCACGCGCCAGUUCACGCUGUCUCCGCGCAAAGGUCUGCGGCGAGUCUGGCUCGGGCGGGACGUUUGGGUCUGAUACUGCCCCUGCGCUUGCACCUGCGCCGGUACCUGUGUCUUGUUGCUGUCGCUGUCCGUCUUUUCGCUCUUCUUGUUGUUGUUGCUGUUGCUGUUUCUGCGACUGUCCCGUACCAAGGGCUUGCUGCUGAGCUGAUAAGGGUGCCGAGGCGGGAACGGGAGGCGCGGAGGAAGUUUUGGAGAUCUUCGCGAGAGCUGGGGCAGUGUCUGGGACGUCUGGUGGUGUUGCGGGUGCGUUGUCGUGGUAUGUUGUUAGGUAGCAGAGGGUUGCGUAGAAUUGAGUUGCUAGCUAUGGGUGAACAAGGGUAUUUAGUUUAUUAUCAUUUUGUGUUGAAUGAAUUCGGGCUUGGUGGAGGAGAUGGUGGUGGUGGGUGGUGUUUUCUUACCUGGUCUAGACAGGUCUGGAGUUGGGUUAGGAUGUCGGCCAUAAUGGGUGACCGCUGGGAUUAUGACGUAGAAAGAAAAGGGAUGAAGGAAUGAGUAUAUGUCUAGAAGGGACUUCGCUUUGGCUUUUUGUGCCCUUUGUAGAGAGGGAUGAUACAGCGUAGGAUGCCGCACGCAGUAUGCAGGUCCAAAGUCAAUGUCGAUUAAAAGUUGCACGUGG